UGCUAACAACUCGUUUGAGAAUAUUCUCCCAAAAUUUAAAAAUAUAUCAGACACAUUCAACCAUUAAAUAUGACAUCAAAAAUAUCCCGCGAAACGCUCUAUGUGGCAGUCAAAAAUAUUUUACAGGUCUCACAAGGCAAAGAAAGCGAACGCCAAGAAUCCGUGGAGCUGCAGAUUGGACUCAGAGACUACGAUCCCGAAAAAUGCAAGCGAUUCUAUGGAAGUGUGCUAUUGCAUCGCCUCGCAGUUCCACAAUUAAAGGUGUGCGUCCUCGGAGAUCAACAGCAUUGUUGUCAGGCCAAGGCUAUUGGAGUUCAUUGCUUGGAUGUGGAAGCCCUCAAAAAACUUAACAAGGAUCCGAAGUUGGUUAAGAAAUUGGCCAAGUCUUACGAUGCCUUCUUGGCAUCCGAGUCGGUUAUUAAACAAAUUCCUAAGCUACUGGGUCCUGGUCUUACCAACGCCGGCAAGUUUCCCACUCCUCUGACUCAUAGGGAGUCAAUGAGUACCAAAAUCAAGAUACUCUCCACCAAGAAAUUGCUGAUGGAAAAGAUGGCAAGUCUCUCCGUUAAUGUUGGACAUGUUGGCAUGCACACAGAGGAACUGACACAAAACAUAAGCUUAUCGAUCAAUUUUCUCGUAUCUCUGCUGAAGGAAAACUGGCAGAAUGUGCGUUCACUUCAUGUAAAAUCAUCCUUGGGUGUACCCCAUCGACUCUAUUAGAUCUCAAUAAUAGUUAAAUGUAUAUGGCUGUUAACAUUUCAAUCAGUGUAAAAUAAAAUUUAUGUAUUUUUGAAAA